AUGGUUUCAAGCAACAAUGAUGGUGUAUCUAAAUUAUCAGGAAGACUUCCUCCACAUCCAGGUAGGCCUGACAAAAAACAACACAAGAAAGGCAUACAGGUUGUGGAGGUCAAGAGUGACAUGUCAAGUUCUCCUAUUGCAGGGUAUUUUUCUGGAGAAUAUGAUGGGCAAGAAUUAGAUCCAGUAUUGUUUCUUGUAGAGACUGAGGUGGAAUAUGAUGUUGAUAAUAGCAAACAUCCUUUUAAUCAUGAUGAAUGGAUUCUAAAAUCUGGCCUAGCAGUAAUUGAUCUUUUAAAAAUCGCAGCUGGUAUUUGA